AUGGAAACUCGAGCGGGAGCGGUCCCUUCUCGCCAAGUAUGUACUGUACUGUACAGCACUGUACUGCACUGCACUGCAUGCUUUGGCGCAACAACUCCCACUGGCACACUCAACACGCAACUCACAACUUAUCAAUCUCGAAAUCUAGCAGCCCACUGGCGAUUAGUGACAAUGGGGGGCUGUAGGGUCCCCACCGGCCAAAAUCAAGCUGUCUCUCACCGCGGUAUAACUACCAGUGGCAACUCCGCAAUUACUCUCUUCUGGUAGUCUUGGCGAUAGAGAAGCUUGCUGAUACUGUAGUUAUCCCCUCAAAGAUCAAACACCCCUAAAGGCCAGUGUCUCUAGCAGUGUCGGGGCGAAAUGAGAAGCAAGUGCAAUUCUUUCAAGAAAAGGUUCGGUGAAGAGCCUGUUUCUACAUAGGGAGAGACAGGCGGGACAGACUUUUGAUUCCGGCGAGCUAUUAGGGGGGUUGUCAAACUACUGCGCCGACUACCGAGGGGGCAUCCCAGUGAUCGUAGUCCACGGAGAUAUGUAUACUCAUACCAGGAGUAUCAUAACAAUAUCGAUACUUUCGCAAAGGCGGGGUAUAAGCUCAUGAUCCCUCGCCAGUACAGUACUACAAACCCAAGCAUACCGUUCCCCGAGCGAAUUUCAGGAAAUGAAGCUCUUCACCCGGGUACUGGUGUACCCCUUCCUCUUCCCGCGGCAUCCACCCAUCCGGUGCCCACCCAGGGUGCACGAGUAUCAUCCCUAAAAGUGAUGUCCCGAUAUCCACCCAACCCCCCAUCUCCCGCAUUCCCCCGGGGCAGAUGUUGCAGCACUCUUCCGACAGCAAAAAAAAGCCCGCAGGAGGGGACACCGACCUCGCCUAUCAAUUAGCCCACCUAAUAUUUAGUUUCUCUUGCUCAAACCUCACCGAUACCGGUAGCAGUUCCUACAUUACUAGGGCGGACACUAACCAGUCGCCAACAUUUCACCUCCAUCCCUCCUGCAUCUUCACGCCAAGAUCUUCGCUGGGAGUUUCUACCACAAUCAAGACAAUAUUGUUCCUGGAAACACCGUUCUCUGUACGCAGCGGCAGACCGCGAAUCCCGGCUGGGCGAACACGAAUCUGCGAGGCCUCUGGCCUUGUGGGACAGCUGGGCCUCGAGGAUCCUUGCCUUGUACGGAGCACUAGAGCAAAUAAAGCCCGAAAUUUGACUCCCGAGCAAAGGCAUAUUCACAAAUUUAAACAUCGAGAUUUCUACUCGCCUCAUUUAUUCCACUUGUUUGUUCAGUGCCCGGAAAGGAUACCGGCUCGGCAGGAAAUCAUGAGACACCAUGCACCCCUUCCCCUCCGUUCCCUGUUGAACAUAAGUGGGCAAUUACGCACUAGAGCCUUGUGCAGAUAUGGCAUACGUGGAUCAUCACAUACGAGGGCAUACUACUAGUGUUGAAAUUCUUUCCCUAUUUUGUUCUUAUUCCCCCAUUCCUUCCUUCCAUUUCCUUCCGCUGUCCUCGUUAAUCCUUACUCCCCCACACAACUCUCAUCAGGUUUGAGUCGUUGUGUAUCAUGAUUGCCAACAUUUCCAACAUCCCCAACUGUCCCCUAUCUUCCCACCAUUCAUUGUUUGCGAAUCACCGGCACUCAACUAUCUCUCAUAUAGCGGCAUAUCCGAGAAACUUUGAGAGCCAACCUCACAUAUCCGAAAUCCUCUAUAGCCCGCACGAUGGG